CGGCUCUGACGGAUAAUGAGUGGACGCGGUAAAGGUGGAAAGUCUCGUGCUAAGGCGAAAACACGAUCAGCCCGUGCUGGUCUGCAGUUCCCAGUUGGUCGUGUCCAUCGCCUCCUUCGCAAGGGUAACUACGCAGAACGUGUCGGGGCUGGUGCCCCUGUUUAUUUGGCAGCUGUUCUCGAGUACCUGGCGGCCGAAGUUCUUGAGUUGGCUGGCAAUGCCGCUCGUGACAACAAGAAGACCCGUAUUAUCCCUCGCCACUUACAACUGGCCAUCCGCAACGACGAAGAGUUGAACAAACUCCUCGGUGGCGUAACCAUCGCCCAAGGUGGUGUCCUGCCUAACAUCCAAGCAGUGUUGCUGCCCAAGAAGACCGACAAGGUGAAGCCUUAAGUGCUUCGACCAUGUGACUGGAGAGCUAGAGAACGUGAAACCGGCCCUUUUCAGGGCCACCACAACUUGGUUCGACUUGCUUUCUAUUUACUAUUUGGGUUGCCUUGGGUACCUGUUUGGAGAGUAGGGUAGGGA